GGUGCCCGGGGCCACCUAGACGCAUACGAUGUGGCAUGCCCAGAGCUCCCCUGCUUUCUGACCAGAGACUGGGAAGAGUGGGCCCUGAGACCCCCCACAUGCGGCCCCAGGAGCCAGCAGGGGCUCCUGUUCUCACUCCACCUCAGCCCCUGUGCCCGAAGUGUCCCGGGUACAAGCCCACCUCUACCGGCCAGGUCCUCCCCCACCCCGAGACCCCUGCAUGUGUGCGUGCUGUGCAGCCCAGGGGUUGACUGGUGUGGGGGCCCUCUGCUUUCGGGGCCAGCGUCCUGCAGCUUGCUUUUUCCACAGGCACUGAUUGUGGGGUACGCAUUUCACUUCCCGCACCUGCUGAGCCCACAGAUCCAGUGCUCCGCCCACAGGGCUCGGUACCGACAACACGUCCUGGGCAUCGUCCUCCAAGGCCCAGCCCUGUGCUUUGCAGCGGCCAUCUUCUCCCUCUUCUUUGUCCCCUUGUCUUACCUGCUGAUGGUGACUGUCAUCCUCCUCCCUUACGUCAGCAAGGUCACCGGCUGGUGCAGAGACAGGCUCCUGGGCCAUAGGGAGCCCUCGGCUCACCCAGUGGAAGUCUUCACAUUUGACCUCCAUGAGCCACUCAGCAAGGAGCGGGUGGAAGCCUUCAGUGACGGCGUCUAUGCCAUCGUGGCCACCCUUCUCAUCCUGGACAUCUGCGAAGACAACGUCCCGGACCCCAAGGACGUGAAGGAGAGGUUCGGCGGCAGCCUCGUGGCUGCCCUGAGCGCGACCGGGCCGCGCUUCCUGGCGUACUUUGGCUCCUUCGCCACGGUGGGGCUGCUGUGGUUCGCCCACCACUCCCUCUUCCUGCACGUGCGCAAGGCCACGCGGGCCAUGGGGCUGCUGAACACGCUCUCGCUGGCCUUCGUGGGUGGCCUCCCGCUGGCCUACCAGCAGACCUCGGCCUUCGCCCAGCAGCCCCGUGACGAGCUGGAGCGUGUGCGCGUCAGCUGCGCCAUCAUCUUCCUAGCCAGCAUCUUCCAGUUUGCCAUCUGGACCACGGCGCUGCUGCACCAGGCGGAGACGCUGCGGCCCUCGGUGUGGUUUGGCGGCCGGGAGCACGCGCUCAUGUUCGCGAAGCUGGCCCUGUACCCCUGCGCCAGCCUGCUGGCCUUCGCCUCCACCUGCCUGCUGAGCAGGUUCAGCGUGGGCAUCUUCCACCUCAUGCAGAUCGCCGUGCCCUGCGCCUUCCUGUUGCUGCGCCUGCUCGUGGGCCUGGCCCUGGCCAGCCUGCGGGUCCUGCGCGGCAUCGCCCGGCCUGAACACCCCCCGCCGGCCCCUGCGGGCCAGGACGACCCACAGUCCCAGCUCCUCCCUGCCCCCUGCUAGCGGCCACAGAGCGCACUCCCUGCCGUCCCCACCGGAGAUGGACCAGGGAGGACAGGACGCCGGGAGGGGAAGCCGAGUCGCGGGCAGGCCACAGUGGUUCUUGCAUGGCCGGGUUUUAUUUUCAUUGUGAAAUAUGCUCUAUUUCAGUCCUCAAA